AUGCUUCUGCUGGGCAUCUUAACGCUGGCUCUCGCCGGGCGGUCCGCUGGCGGCUCCGAGCCAGAGCAGGAGGUGGUCGUUCCCAUCCGACUGGAUCCGGACAUUAACGGCCGCCACUACUACCGGCGGGGUCCGGAGGACUCGGGGGAUCAGGGACUCAUUUUUCAAAUCACAGCAUUUCAGGAGGAUUUUUAUCUACACCUGACGCCAGAUGCUCAGUUCCUGGCGCCCGCCUUCGCCACGGAGCAUCUGGACGUCCCCCUCCAGGGGCUCACCGGGCUCACCGCGAACUCUCCAGACCUGCGACGCUGCUUCUACUCCGGGGACGUGAACGCCGAGCCAGAUUCGUUCGCCGCUGUGAGCCUGUGCGGGGGGCUACGCGGAGCCUUCGGCUACCGAGGCGCCGAGUAUGUCAUUAGCCCGCUGCCCAACGCCAGCGCGCCCGCGGCGCAGCACAACAGCCAGGGCGCACACCUUCUCCAGCGCCGGAGUGUCCCGGGCGGGCCUACCGGAGACCCCACCUCUCGCUGCGGGGUGGGCUCAGGCUGGAACCCCACCAUCCUGCGGGCCCUGGACCCUUACAAGCCGCGGCGGACAGGCUCGAGGGACAGUCGCAGUCGGCGCAGGUCCGGGCGCGCCAAGCGCUUCGUGUCUAUCCCGCGGUACGUGGAGACGCUGGUGGUGGCGGACGAGUCAAUGGUCAAAUUCCAUGGCGCGGACUUGGAGCAUUAUCUGCUGACCCUGCUGGCCACGGCGGCGCGACUCUACCGCCAUCCCAGCAUCCUUAACCCCAUUAACAUCGUUGUGGUCAAGGUGUUGCUUCUCGGAGACCGUGACGCCGGGCCCAAGGUCACGGGCAACGCGGCCCUUACGCUGCGCAACUUCUGCGCCUGGCAGAAGAAGCUGAACAAAGUGAGCGACAAGCACCCUGAGUACUGGGACACCGCCAUCCUCUUCACCAGGCAGGACCUGUGCGGUGCCAACACCUGCGACACCCUGGGCAUGGCUGAUGUGGGCACUAUGUGCGACCCCAAGAGGAGCUGCUCUGUCAUCGAGGAUGAUGGACUCCCAUCAGCCUUCACCACCGCCCAUGAGCUGGGCCACGUGUUCAACAUGCCCCAUGACAAUGUGAAGGUAUGUGAGGAGGUGUUUGGAAAGCUCCAAGCCAACCACAUGAUGUCCCCGACGCUCAUCCAGAUUGACCGUGCCAACCCCUGGUCAGCCUGCAGCGCUGCCAUCAUCACUGACUUCCUGGACAGUGGGCACGGUGACUGCCUCCUGGACCAGCCCAGCAAGCCCAUCUCCCUGCCUGAGGACCUGCCGGGCACCAGCUACACCCUGAGCCAGCAGUGUGAACUGGCCUUUGGCGUGGGCUCUAAGCCCUGUCCUUACAUGCAGUAUUGCACCAAGCUGUGGUGCACCGGCAAGGCCAAGGGGCAGAUGGUGUGCCAGACCCGCCACUUCCCCUGGGCAGAUGGCACCAGCUGUGGCGAGGGCAAGUUCUGCCUCAAGGGGGCCUGUGUGGAGAGGCACAACCUCAACAAGUACAAGGUGGACGGCUCCUGGGCCAAAUGGGAGCCCUACGGCCCCUGCUCGCGCACCUGUGGCGGGGGUGUGCAGCUAGCCCGCAGGCAGUGCAGCAACCCCACCCCUGCCAACGGUGGCAAGUACUGCGAGGGAGUGAGGGUGAAGUACCGGUCUUGCAGCCUGGAGCCCUGCCCCAGCUCAGCUUCUGGCAAGAGCUUCCGGGAGGAGCAGUGUGAAGCUUACAAUGGCUACAACCACAGUACCAACCGGCUCACCUUGGCUGUGGCGUGGGUGCCCAAGUACUCAGGCGUGUCUCCCCGGGACAAGUGCAAGCUCAUCUGCCGAGCCAAUGGCACCGGUUACUUCUACGUGCUGGCACCCAAGGUGGUGGAUGGUACACUGUGUACUCCUGACUCCACCUCGGUCUGUGUCCAAGGCAAGUGCAUCAAGGCUGGCUGUGACGGGAACCUGGGCUCCAAGAAGAAGUUCGACAAAUGUGGGGUGUGUGGGGGAGACAAUAAGAGCUGCAAGAAGGUGACAGGACUCUUCACCAAGCCCAUGCACGGCUACAAUUUCGUGGUGGCCAUCCCUGCAGGUGCCUCAAGCAUUGACAUCCGCCAGCGCGGCUACAAGGGGCUGGUUGGGGAUGACAACUACUUGGCUCUGAAGAACAGCCAAGGCAAGUACCUGCUCAACGGGCACUUUGUGGUGUCGGCUGUGGAGCGGGACCUGGUGGUGAAGGGCAGCCUGCUGCGGUACAGUGGCACGGGCACGGCGGUGGAGAGCCUGCAGGCUUCCCGGCCCAUCCAGGAGCCCCUGACUGUGGAGGUCCUCUCCGUGGGGAAGAUGACGCCACCCCGGGUCCGCUACUCCUUCUAUCUGCCCAAAGAGCCUCGGGAGGACAAGUCCUCCCACCCUAAGGACCCCCGGGGCCCCUCGGUGCUGCACAACAGCGUCCUCAGCCUCUCCAAUCAGGUGGAACAGCCAGACGACAGGCCUCCUGCACGCUGGGUGGCGGGCAGCUGGGGGCCUUGCUCUGCCAGCUGUGGCAGUGGCCUGCAGAAGCGAUCAGUGGACUGCCAGGGCUCCCUGGGGCAGCGUGUGGUGUCUGCCUGUGAUGCAGCCCAUCGGCCGGUGGAGACACAGGCCUGUGGGGAGCCCUGCCCAACCUGGGAGAUUGGUGCCUGGUCGCCCUGCUCCAAGAGCUGUGGCCGGGGAUUUAAGAGGCGUCCACUCAAGUGCGUGGGCCAUGGAGGCCGGCUGCUGGCCCGGGACCAAUGCAGCUUGCACCGCAAACCCCAGGAGCUGGACUUCUGCAUCUUGCGGCCUUGCUGA